CCAUACCCAACUCAAGCGGUUGCCACUAACCCUGUAAAGCACUCAAAAGUAAACCAUCUUUCACCUUUCUGUAUCAGCUAAAAACAAGUAAACCGCCAUCAUGGGGGAUUCGGACAUGGAGUGUUUUGGUCCGGCGGCCGUUUACCUCCGGAAGCCAGAGAAAGAGAGGAUUGAGGCCCAGAACAAACCCUUUGAUGCCAAAACGGCCUAUUUUGUACCAGACCCUAAGGAGAUGUACCUCAAAGGGGUUCUUAUUAGUAAAGACGGGGGCAAAGCCAACGUUAAGACUCUGGAUGGUGAAGCCUUGACAGUUAAGGAGGGUGACAUUCACCCCAUGAACCCUCCAAAGUACGAUAAAAUUGAGGACAUGGCCAUGAUGACCCACCUCAAUGAGCCCGCUGUGCUGUACAACCUCAAAGAGCGUUACGCAGCCUGGAUGAUCUACACCUACUCUGGGCUGUUCUGUGUCACUGUGAACCCCUACAAGUGGCUCCCAGUGUACGAUUCUGCUGUUGUAACUGCCUACAGGGGCAAGAAGAGAAUUGAAGCUCCUCCCCACAUCUUCUCCAUCUCUGAUAAUGCCUAUCAGUUCAUGCUAACAGAUCGUGAAAACCAGUCAAUCUUGAUUACUGGAGAAUCCGGUGCAGGAAAGACUGUAAACACCAAACGUGUCAUCCAGUAUUUUGCGACAAUCGCAGUUUCUGGACAGAAGAAAGCUGAGCCUGUUCCUGGAAAAAUGCAGGGUUCCCUGGAAGAUCAAAUCAUUGCAGCGAACCCUCUGCUGGAGGCUUAUGGUAAUGCCAAGACUGUGAGGAAUGACAACUCCUCUCGUUUUGGAAAAUUCAUCAGAAUCCAUUUUGGGCAAACAGGGAAACUGGCUUCAGCUGAUAUUGAAACUUAUUUGCUGGAAAAGUCAAGAGUCACUUUCCAGCUGUCAGCUGAGAGAAGCUACCACAUCUUCUAUCAACUUAUGACAGGCCACAAACCAGAGCUGCUUGAGGCACUUCUGAUCACUACCAAUCCAUACGACUACCACAUGAUCAGUCAAGGGGAGAUUGCCGUUAAAAGUAUCAAUGACAUUGAAGAAUUUAUAGCCACAGAUACUGCCAUUGACAUCUUGGGCUUCAGUGCUGAGGAGAAAAUGGGCAUCUACAAACUGACUGGAGCAGUGUUGCAUCAUGGGAACAUGAAGUUCAAGCAGAAGCAGAGAGAGGAGCAGGCAGAACCUGAUGGCACUGAGGUGGCCGAUAAAAUCGCCUACCUCAUGGGUCUGAAUUCUGCUGACCUCCUCAAAGCUCUGUGCUACCCCAGAGUGAAGGUCGGAAAUGAAUUUGUGACCAAGGGGCAGACUGUACCUCAGGUUAACAAUGCUACCAUGGCACUGUGUAAAUCAGUCUAUGAGAAAAUGUUCUUAUGGAUGGUGGUGCGUAUCAACGAGAUGUUGGACACCAAGCAGCCAAGACAGUUCUUCAUUGGUGUGCUGGACAUCGCUGGCUUUGAAAUUUUUGAUUUCAACACAUUGGAGCAACUGUGCAUCAACUUCACCAAUGAGAAACUGCAACAGUUCUUCAACCAUCACAUGUUUGUGCUGGAACAAGAGGAGUACAAGAAAGAGGGGAUUGAGUGGGAGUUCAUUGACUUUGGUAUGGACUUGGCUGCCUGCAUUGAGCUUAUUGAGAAGCCAAUGGGCAUCUUCUCCAUCCUUGAAGAGGAGUGCAUGUUCCCCAAGGCUACAGACACCAGCUUCAAGAACAAGCUGUAUGACCAACAUCUGGGUAAAUCAGCUGCCUUCCAGAAACCCAAGCCUGUCAAAGGAAAACCUGAGGCCCACUUCUCCCUGGUGCACUAUGCUGGCACUGUGGAUUACAACAUCAUCGGCUGGCUGGACAAGAACAAGGAUCCUCUGAAUGACUCUGUCGUGCAACUCUACCAGAAGUCAUCAAUGAAACUACUGGCACACCUGUAUGCAAGUCAUGCUUCAGCAGAAGAUGCUAGUGGAGGUGGCAAGAAGGGAGGCAAGAAGAAGGGUGGCUCCUUCCAGACUGUGUCUGCUCUGUUCAGGGAGAACCUGGGCAAGCUGAUGACCAAUCUGAGGAGCACUCACCCUCACUUUGUGCGCUGCCUGAUUCCAAACGAAUCAAAGACACCAGGUCUGAUGGAGAACUUCCUGGUUAUCCAUCAGCUGAGGUGUAACGGUGUGCUGGAAGGUAUCAGGAUCUGCAGAAAGGGUUUCCCCAGCAGAAUCAUCUAUGGUGACUUCAAGCAGAGAUACAAAGUCUUGAAUGCCAGUGUGAUUCCGGAAGGACAGUUCAUUGAUAACAAGAAGGCUUCAGAGAAGCUCUUGGCUUCAAUUGACGUAGAUCACACUCAGUACAAGUUUGGCCACACCAAGGUGUUCUUCAAAGCUGGUCUGCUGGGUCUCUUAGAGGAAAUGCGAGAUGACAAACUGGCCAUUUUGAUCACUAUGACUCAAGCUCUGUGCCGUGGUUUCCUCAUGAGAAGAGAGUUUAUGAAGAUGAUGGAAAGAAGAGAGUCUAUUUUUACCAUCCAAUACAACAUCCGUUCAUUCAUGAAUGUGAAAACCUGGCCAUGGAUGAAAGUGUACUUCAAGAUCAAGCCACUCCUGAAGAGCGCAGAAGCUGAGAAGGAAAUGGCCAACAUGAAGGUGGAGUUUGAGAAGACCAAAGAGGACCUGGCAAAAGCACUGGCUAAGAAGAAGGAGCUGGAGGAGAAAAUGGUUGCCCUGCUGCAGGAGAAGAAUGACCUGCAGUUACAAGUGCAGUCAGAAACUGAAAAUCUCACAGAUGCAGAGGAGAGGUGUGAAGGUCUCAUCAAAAGUAAAAUCCAGCUUGAAGCAAAACUCAAAGAGACAAAUGAGAGGCUGGAGGAUGAGGAGGAAAUCAAUGCUGAGUUGACUGCCAAGAAGAGGAAACUGGAGGAUGAGUGCUCUGAGCUGAAGAAAGACAUUGAUGACUUGGAGCUGACCUUGGCUAAAGUGGAGAAGGAGAAACAUGCCACAGAAAACAAGGUUAAAAACCUGACUGAGGAGAUGGCCACUCUGGAUGAGACCAUUGCCAAGUUGACCAAGGAGAAGAAAGCCCUCCAAGAGGCACAUCAGCAGACCCUGGAUGAUCUCCAAGCAGAGGAAGACAAAGUCAACACUCUGACCAAAGCCAAGAUCAAACUUGAACAGCAAGUGGAUGAUCUGGAAGGUUCCCUAGAGCAAGAGAAAAAGCUACGCAUGGACCUUGAGAGAGCCAAGAGAAAGCUUGAGGGAGACCUGAAACUUGCCCAGGAAUCUAUAAUGGACCUGGAGAAUGACAAGCAGCAGUCAGAGGAGAAGAUAAAGAAGUAA